AUGACCUCGCCGCCUUUCCCACUGUCGCUGACCUCGUUACGCACCUUCGCACUAGUGACACCCGCUACCGCGCUGCGCUUCCUGCUGAGUUCUGCGCCAAGAACCCCCCCCCCCAUGUACAUCACCCUCUACUACAUAGUCACCCGGCUCCCUGACUCCCUUCGCUCGGGGUGCUCCCCCUCCCCCCUUUUGCCCUCUGUUGCCUCUGCUGCUGCCGUCGACUUCGUUGGCACCGAGUCGGUCGACGCUGCGUCUGCCACUAGCGGGCGACGCCGCACCGGCAAGGGCAAGGGGGGCAAGGGCGCUGGAGGGGCUGGCGGGGGCGGUGGAGGUGGAGGGGGAGGCGGAGGGAGUGGGGGUGGUGGUGGGAGUGGUGGCGGGGAUGGGGGCUUCGGUGGCGGCGGUGGCGGCGGAGGCAGCGGCGGCGGUGGCGGUGGGAGCGGAGGAGGAGGCGGUGGCGGUGGUGGCGGAGGUGGCGGCGGAGGAGGUGGAGCUAGUCGGGGCGGCUCUGCGCAGCGCGGCGGCUUAGGUGGUGGUCAGCUCCAGCAGCAGCAGCGCACUCGUGAGACCCCGUCCCCCCAGCAGCUUCGUGAGUGGUACGCUGGGCGUCAGCAAGGUGGGGGUACUGGUCCCUGUACCUACGUCCUCCGUACCGGCGACCGCGCUGGUGAGCAGUGCGGGGGGCCGCACUCCACCCAGCGCUGCUUCGGCCGCCUGACGGACGCUUGGCGUCACCAGUUCCCUGACGCCACUGAGAUCCCUCGCUGGGGAGAGCUGUCUAGGGCGGGGGUUGCUAUCUUUGAUCUUGACUAUGAUGCUAUUCUUGCUGCCAUGUAUGUUGUGUCUACUAGUGAUGAGGGUAACUGUUACCUGUGUGUUCCGCCUGACCCGAGCAUUGAGGCUGCUGCUCUAGGUGCUGGUGAGGCUGCUGCUCUAAGUGCUAGUGCGUCUGCUGCCUCAGGUGCUGGUCUCUACCUCCCCUCGUUCUCUACGAACUUGGUGAGUGGUGCUGAUCUACAGGAUCGGGGGGUUGACCAGUUCACUUCUGCGAGUCAGCGGGUGACCCACUUUACGUGUGCUCGGACGGGCCGACACUUGGCCACGUUUACCCGUCGGCCGGGGUCGAGCCUGUACACACUGACUACUGAGUCUCCUCCGGUUGCUGAGUCUGGUCAGGUAGCUGCGUCGAGUCAGGUGUUUGCUGCAGCGUCCAGGUCUGGUCCUGAGUCUGCUCCCUGCUCGUGUCGUCUCCUGUCCCACCAGACUCUCCUUUGGCACCACCGCCUUGGUCACCCCUCCCUGCCUCGUCUCCGAGGCAUGGCCUCCCGUGUCCUUGUCUCUGGUCUCACCCGGUCCCUCCCUCCCCUCUCUCCGGGGCCUGCCCCUACCUGCGUUCCCUGCGUCGAAGGGCGGCAGCGCGCCGCCCCUCACUCCUCCGAGUUUCCUCCGACAGAGGCUCCCCUGCAGACUCUUCACAUGGACGUGUGGGGCCCCGCCCGCAUCCGUGGAGAGGGUCACGAGCGUUACUUCCUGUUGGUGGUUGACGACUACUCGCGUUACACCACGGUGUUCCUCUUGCGCAGCAAGGGUGACGUCACUGAGGUGUUGAUCGACUGGAUCCGCGCAGCUCGUAUCCAGCUCAGAGAGAGUUUUGGCUCGGACUUUCCAGUUCUGCGUCUGCACUCUGACAGAGGCGGGGAGUUCUCCUCUGCCCACCUGGGAGCCUUCUGUCGUGCACAGGGCAUCCGCCAGACCUUCACGCUUCCGGCCUCUCCACAACAAAAUGGGAUUGCUGAGCGCCGCAUUGGCAUGGUCAUGGACGUCGCUCGUACGUCCAUGAUCCAUGGGGCUGCUCCCCAUUUUCUGUGGCCGUUUGCUGUUCAGUACGCAUCGCAUCAGCUCAACCUUCAGCCCCGGGUCUCCUUGCCAGAGACCUCCCCCACCUUGCGGUGGACGGGGAAGGUUGGCGAUGCGUCUACGUUUCGGGUCUGGGGAUCUCGGGCGUUUGUCCGCGACUUGUCUGCGGACAAGCUGUCCCCCCGUGCUGUUCCCUGCGUCUUCCUUGGCUUCCCCCCUGACGCGCCUGGUUGGCAGUUUUACCACCCCACCUCGCGCCGUGUUCUGUCCUCCCAGGACGUCACCUUUGACGAGUCGGUGCCUUACUACCGUCUCUUCCCCUACCGCACUGCGCCCCUCCCCCCGCCGCCGCUCUUCCUUGCGCCAGGUCCCCCCCCGGUAGACCCUCUCCCCCCUCAGGGUCCUGCCCCGUCAGGUGUGUCCCAGGUAGACGCAGUCGAGCCUGUCGAGGUAGCUGUUGACUCUGGUGCUGCUAGGGGCGCUGAGCUUGCGGGUGCCGGGUCUGGGGGUGCUGAGCCUGGGGGUGCGGAGCCUGGGGGUGCUGAGUCUAGGGGUGCUGAGCUUGGGGGUGCUGAGUCUGGGGGUGCUCAGCCUGGGGGUGCGGAGCCUGGGGGUGCUGAGCCUGGGGGUGCGGAGCCUGGGGGUGCUGGGUCUGCUCGUGUGGCCUCUGGCGCCGUGCUGCGGGAGCUGGAGGUACUACUGUUGCUGCUGGUCCUGGAGGUGCUCGUACUGUCGGUACUCGAGCUGCUGGGACUGGGGGUGCUGCUGGGGCUGCUGGAGUUAGUCCUGCUGGAGGUACUCCUGGAGCUGCUGGAGGUACUUGAGCUGACGGUCCUGCUGGAGUUGGUGCUGCUGGAGCUGCUGGAGCUGGAGCUACUGGGGGUGUUGGCGCUGGUGGUGCUGCUGGCGCUGGUGCUUCUGAGGGUGCUGGAGUUGGCGCUGUUGGAGCUGGAGGUGCUGCUGGCGCUGGUGCUACCGCUGGGGGUACUGGUGCUGUCCCUGCUGGUUCUGGAGGCGCUGCGCGGCUGA